UUUGUUUUGUUGCUGGGAAGUGAUUAAGCUUUGUGUGAUUUCAAGAAAGUAGAAACACGAGUACCACGCUAAUUCUUACUUUUGUUACUCUUCCUAAUUUAAUUUCUCUCAAUUAAUUUCGUCCUAGAUUGUUCAAUCAAUAUUCGUUUUGUUUCUUUUAAAAUGUAAGCGUCCAUUCGCUUGGUCUCCCUUCUUGAUUACACAACACUCCAUUAUACCAGUUUCGAGUUUCAAGCUCAUUUUUCUGAUGUGACUAGCUGCGUGCAAGAUGAUCCCAUUCUUGCCCCAUCCGCCAUUGUGGGUAGGUGCCAUAUCUUUUUUAAUACGGCACGAAAUUGAAUCUAUGGCAUCAUCAUCAUCAUCGCUAACCCCCUGAGAAUCAAGACGAAGAAACUAAGGAAGCAGGAUGGAUGCCACGUCCGCACUUCAGUCAAUCGCAAUGAAUUCAGGUGAAGCGGUUCACUCCCGAAUGACGUCCAACACUGCGGCUCUAGCGGUCGACUUACAACCAAGCUUCAAUGCCGCCGCACCGGAAGACAAGGACGCGGCCAUGGUGGUCUCGGGCACGACCUCAGCAGCAGGUCCCGCACCGGCCGCCAGCCGUCCGCUUCUGCAGUCGCUGGUUGCCUGUUGGACGGGUUCCGUGUGCCUGGGCACGGUCGUCGGCUACGCCGUUCCCGCGUGGACGAGCCUCAAGGGAGAUCCGCGCUUCACCAACAUAGACCCCUUCUGGUUCUUCUCGCUUGGGCUUCUCGGGGCCGUGGGCGGCUCCGUGGUUGGCGCAAUGUCGGCACAAGCCAUUGGGCGCCGCCGCACCCUGGCAGUCAGUGCCGUGGGCGCCCUCUGCACCUGGCUGUGCGUCGGCUGCGCGGAGCAGUUGUGGUAUCUCUACAUUGGCCGCCUCAUCAACGGCUUUUUUGCCGGUAUGCUGUCCCUGGUGGUGCCAGCACUCAUCGCUGAGCUGGCCGACGCCAGGAACCGAGGCGCUCAGGGUGCUCGCCACUACAUCAGCAUGCUCAUCGGCUCAAUAUAUGUCGGCUUGCUGGGACGCUACACGGUUUGGUCCAGCGUGGCGUUUGCAUGCAUCAUACCAGCGGUCGCGCUGCUUCCUUUGUCCUGGUUCGUCGUGGAAUCUCCACGCUGGCUUCUGCAGAUUGGCCGCCGUGAAAGCGCCAUGGCCAUGCAGCGAAGCCUGCGCAAGGAACCGGUCGAGGCCAACGCUGAGUUCAGGCUGAUGGAGAGGGCAUUCUCGCGUGCCGUAACGCCAUCGCUGCACUACUGGCUGGCGGCGCACAUGAUGUUCCUGCAGCAGUUCUGCGGAGCCAACAUUGCUGCAACCUACGCGCGAGUAAUCGUGGCGGCGGCGGGCAUCGAGCUGGACGAGGGCCACGCCGAUCUCGCCAUUCUCACCAUACAGUUGGCGGUGGCAUGUGCUGCCCUUCCCCUGAUGGACACAGUGGGUCGUCUGCGUCUACUGGUGGCCUCCGCGAACAUAUGCGUCGUAAGCAUGAUCCUGCUGGCAAGCGUGUAUCCAAGCAUGCCAGCUGACGCCAUGCUGUACACCACUAGCAAGGCGUCCACUGCUGCGAACGCCACCGAAAUGGCGGCAGGCGGAUCCGGCGCUAAUGGGAGCCCGCUGGGACUCAUCUUCCUGGCUGUCUUCUACUUUGGCUACGCACUCGGUCUUGGGCCCCUGACUUGGAUACAGGCCGUGGAGCUGACGCCCCUUCGCGGCCACGGCGUGGAACUAGGAAGCGUGUGCACCUUCUACUGGGCGUGCGCUUUCUGCAGCGUGGCCUUCUUCGAGCGCGUUCGCAGAGACUUCGGCUUCAGCGAACUUGGUUGGUUCUACGGCACACUAACCCUGGCCAACGGGCUGGUGCUGUACUACUUCAUGCCGGAGACGAAGCAGCUCGCCCUGGAGACCAUCCUGCUGGACGAAUGCCCCGUCGAGAACAUGCUUGGCCGGCGUCGCUCGUUCUACCCGAGCGCUGUGGCUCGCAGCAAGCGGACAACUCUGUCAUCGGCGGCUGGCAGUGAUCGUCUGGGAGUCUCCCUGCCCUCCUUGGCUCUCCCGUGCAAGUCGGAGAGCCUGUCCGCUGAUAUCCCCAGCCCUUUCAAGGCUCACAAUUCGCCGGGUGUACCGUGCCAAGAACAGCCUUUCACUCGUUGAGAUGACGUACCUCCACGCGUAUAUUGUCUUCGCGCACGCUAUCUACUGGUUGCGCGCGAUAAAAAAAAAGAAGACUAGUAGUAAUAAUAAAACGAAAAGCAAGGAAACACGACAAGGUCACUUUCGAGCGGUACUCCUCGCAUUUCGUUUUGACACUCACUAUGGUGAAGGAGCCGUCGUAACACGUUAUACCCAAUUCUGAGAGGUCCCCUCACCGUAGUUUCAGAAAGUGAAGAGGCCCUAUUUUAUUCCAUAGCCUGUUAUGUGCACAGUUUCGUUAGUCAGCGGCUGGGCCGUCUCGCGGAGGCGCAAACUAACAACGCGCCAUUAUUCAUUGGUCUGCGGUCGCUAC